AUGAUGCGCACGAAUGACCCCCGAAUCCGCCAGACCCUGAAUCGUUUCUCGCACAAUCUCGAGUCUGCCAAUGAGACUGCCCAAGAGGGUUUCUAUACGUUUGCGCAGGAGUACCUCGCGCCCUGUUUUGCCUCGAUCGGCAAUUGUCUCAAGGAAUGCACAGAGCCGUGUCUACCGAGCGGCCGCGACAAUCACUUGCGACGCCGGCGCCAGGGUCGCGCCGAGGUGAACUUUGAUUUCUACGACGAUUGGGAUAAUGAGGACGAGACGGAUGGGUUAUUGGGAUGGGGCAAUGAUGAACUGGACCGGCUGCUCGCCGGCAGCGGGGGCCCGCGCGGUGGAUCUUCUGCGCAGCAGCCCCGGCGACAGCGCAAAAUGAGCUAUGGCGCGGCGCGCACUAGGAGGAGGAGUUCUGUGUUGCCAGACCAGAGGAACGAUCCUACUGUGAUCCCCAAAUCGUCCAUCAUUGGGUUUUUGGAGCGCCUUCCGUGGCAGAUUGGCCGGCGAGGAGUCAAGUAUCGCCCAUCAGCGGCUGAUCUACAGGAGCGACCCGGAAGACUUCCCCAUGACGAGGAAUACGAAGCCCACGAAACCCAUGACGGUAUUGAAGCUCAACCUUUGAUAGAGGAAGGGGAUGAGGAAAGUGACAGCGCGCCUGCCCCUCCACUCUCGAGGAAGAAACAAAGACGAGUCAGAAGCAUAACACAGUCAUCACAAGAGACGGCCAAUUCUUUAAGCUCCCGAGGAGACCUCAUAUUUGACGAUGAAGACGACGAAGACGCUGUUCCGCUGGACGAGGAAUUCGCUGUUGCUUUAGCCCGUCGAAGCACCGGAUUGACAUCUGACGACCAUCUUGUCGGAAGCGGUGGUCGAUCACGGCGGACAACAUCCGGCUACUCCUCCAGAGACUCCAAGGGAGGCAGGGGAAGAGAGCGGAGAGAGUCGAAAUCAGACGCAGAACCUAUUCAAACCGAAGAUUAUCCAUCCAUGGUAGAACUAGCCAAGGAGGAACAAGCCGCGGAAAACGAAGAAGAGCUAGAAAUCGCGCGAAGGCGCAACGCAGCUCAACACUUGGCUGUGACGCAGGGAUUACUUCGAGAUCAGUCCUCUGGUCCAAAUUCCCCGAGCAUGCCUCAAAGUAACCCCUCAUCUAUACAUGAAAAUGACGAAACGACCGAACCCUUUCCUUCUUUACCCAUAACACCGAUAUCACAAAGGUCUAAUUCUUUACAUUCCGAGGGCCAACCGACUGAGGUGACUUUGGAAGAUGAGGCAGACCUCUCAGAGGGUAGUUGA